AGUCGCAAAUUCGCAAUAAUAACGUGAUGUGCCCGCCAGCGAUAGAUAUAUACGCGACAGGACGCGCAUCAUUAGCCCCCAGACGGUCACUAUGGAUACGCCCGGGAAAGCCAUAAGCUCGCGCGCGCCGUUGGUGAAAAGUUUGUAUCGUGAAAUACGAUGCGUAUGUGUGUACGUGUGCGCGCGUAACGCACGUUCACGCUCGCGCGCACGCGGCAGCGUCGUCGGCGGGCGGGAUGGAGGGACGCUGGUUGAAAAGUUUCCGCGCGCGCCACAAGUGUUCAGAUAUAGGACCGUCGCAACAGUUCGCGUGCCGCCAGCCGCGCAUGUGUCGUCAAACGCCGCCGCUGUCGCUUAUCGAAGGUCCUCUUCGCGGAACCGCGCAAUACGCAGACCGCGUAGACGCGCUCGGCAUUAUCUUUGUCGUCGUCGUACUCGAGUACUUGACCGUUAUUUUUUCAUCUUCACGAAAAUUGUUGUUUAUAAAUUGUAAUAAUAUUAUAUACCUAGUGCAAGUGAGCCCGAAAUGUUCGCAAAAGUGCAGUGAAACGACUGCGUCGCGUCCGCAAUUAUUAUAAUAACUUUUACAUCGCGUCGACAAUAUAAUAUUAUUAUAAAAUUACGCACGCACGCCAUGUCGUCUGCCGACCGAGUGUUCGAACGGCGGAUCGUGUCCAAGCGAAGAACGUCCGCCAACCUGGAGGACGAGCCGGAGAAACAGUGUCCGAAUGGUUGGGCCAGCGUCGUGGCGGCCGCGGCGGCAGCCGCGUCGUCUUCGUCGUCGACGUUACGGCAAAAGGCGGCCGCCUGCAAGACCUCACAGAGGACGACGUUUCAACCGCAUCCCGAUUCCAUCUGCGAUUGGUUUUUCAAAGUGAUGGUACUCGGCGAUUCCGGAGUUGGGAAGACUUGCCUGUUGGUCCGUUUCAGGGACGAUAUGUUUUUGGGUGGCAAUUAUAUUUCUACCGUCGGUGUAGAUUUCAGGAAUAAAAUUAUAUCUGUCGACGACUCCAAAGUUAAGCUACAGAUUUGGGACACUGCGGGUCAAGAACGAUUUAGAAGCGUAACACACGCAUAUUAUAGAGAUGCCCAUGCACUUUUACUUUUGUACGAUGUAACUAACAAAGUAAGUUUUGACAACAUACGAGCGUGGUUGAGUGAAAUUCGAGAUUAUGCUAAUGAUCAAGUAGUCAUAAUGUUAAUAGGAAAUAAAGCUGAUUGCAGUCUAAACGAUAGAAUGGUGAAAAGAGAAGACGGAGAACAAUUGGCCAAGGAAUAUUCAGUCACUUUUAUGGAGACUUCUGCUAAAUCUGGAUUUAAUGUCGAAAUCGCUUUUAUGGCUGUUGCAAGGGAGUUAUUAUUCAAAAAAACAGGGAUUGAAAAAAAAGGAUCUUUUAAUGUACAAGAUUACAUGAAAGAACAAACUAAAUCCAAUUGUCCGGCAUGCUCUACAACAUAAUGCAUAUUAUGGUAAAGUAUAAAGGUCAAAAUUACUCAGUGUAAUUAAUUAAACAGUUCCAAAAUAAAAAAUAUGACAGUAGAGAGUCAAAAUGGAACAAUUUUAAUUAAAUUACCUAUGUAUUUAUGUUAUAUAAUAUUAAGCUUGAGCAUUCUUUGUUAAGAAUGGUAGAUAUAAAAUUAUAUACAUAAUAUGAAUGUAUAUUACAAAUUUUAUAAAUACAAUUAAAAUACUGAAAUGCUUGUUUCAUUGUUGAACAUGCAAUAUAUAUUAUUUAUUAGAAACCAAUGAAACCAUACUUUUUGUUUUUCUGUGUUGGCGUUUGUUUAUUGUAUCAAAUUUAUUCUGUUCAAAUUUGUCGAACUCUCGACAUUAUGAUUAUACAACGUAUAACGUUCGCAACAAACAAUAAUUGUUGUUCAUAAUGACUUAAAAUAGUUUGUGUCCAAACUAAAACUAUUAAUUUACGGAAAUUACGAAUAUUGCAAAUUUAGUAAAAUAUAUACGGUUGCUAGUCCCUACAUAACAUGUCCUAAUCCUUAAUACCUAGACAAUAAGUACCUACCUAUUGUAUACCUAAUACAUCAACGUAACGCAGCAAUAUUAUAUGUUAGUAAAACGUGAAGUCAACACAGGGAACAGAUAAGUAUGAUUUCCACCAAUUGGCAAUUAGUGUUGAUAUAAUAAUGCUACUAUACAGGUAGAAUUAUAAUAUUAUACCUGCUUAUAGCCUAUAGUAUUAACUUAGGAAGGUACUGACAUUUUAAUAAUGUUUGCCUACCCAAAAUGUAGAUAAGUGUUAUAUUAUUUUCUUUAUGAAAAAUAACUGUGUUUAUAACUAUAAUUAACUACAAACUACGGUCAUGCUGAUUCUGUGACAUGAGCACGUUUAACAGACUGAUUCAUUAUUAAUCUGUAUUCAAAUGUAAAAAUAAGAAUACCUGUAUAAUAAUUUAAAAAAUAAUAUUAUGUAGUCUAGCUUGAAACUAUUUAAAUCGCUUAUUUUUUAGU